AUGUCACGAAUAAGAAGGCUUUCUAUUCGUGGCAUUCGCAAUUUUGGCGAUACAAACGAUGAAGCUAUGAUACGAUUUUCUCGGCCUUUGACACUUAUUCUUGGACCAAAUGGCACUGGAAAAACGACAAUUAUCGAGGCCCUCAAAUUCGCUACUUGUGGUGAAUUUCCACCUGGUUCAGAGCGAGGGAAAUCUUUCAUUCACGAUCCAGUUCUAUCAGCAACUUCCUCGGUUCGAGGUGUUGUAAAAGCUGAAAUAAUUGAUGCAGCAGGUAAUCUAUAUAUAAUAUCUAGAACAAUAGAAUCAACAAAAGCAAACAUAACAAUGAAAUUUAAAACUCUUGAUAGUGCUUUAAGCAGAGUGAUGAAAGGUACAAAAGAGGUAGUAUCAAUAACGAAUCGAUGUGCUAAUGUUGAUACAGAACUUACGUUAGCUAUGGGAGUUUCAAAACCUAUUUUAGAUUAUGUGAUAUUCUGUCACCAAGAAGAUCUUAAUUGGCCUUUCCAAGAUGGUAAAAAAUUAAAGGAAAAAUUUGAUGAGAUUUUUGAUAGUGCAAGAUUUAAUAAAGCUCUUGAAAGUAUCAUGAAACAAAUUAAAAAUAUGAAUCAAACUAUGCAUAUAUUGAAAGAGCAGAAACAGAAUUGUCGACUUAUUGUUAAUGAUGUAAUAGAUAAAGAAACAAAACUUGAAGAUAAUAAAAACCGAUUGGAACAUUCCAAAUCCAAAAUCGAGGAACUUAAUAAAGAAUUAGAACCUAUGUUGCAAAAAAUAAAAAAAUUUGAAAAAUUAGAUGCUGAUUAUAAAAAUCUACAAAAUGAAGAAAAAAGAAAAAAAGCAGAAUAUGACAUGUUCAGACAGCAAUUGGAUAGAUUAGAAGAAGAUUUACAAUAUGUAUUUGAAGGAACCAUGGAAGAAUUAUUAAAAGAGAUAGAAUCAUAUGAUGAAAAAUCAAUAAGACAAACUGCUAAAAUAGAAAAGCUCGAGAAGAAGUUAAACAAUAUUGGUGGAAAAGAAUCUAGUAUAUCAAAUAAUUUAGCUAAUGAAAGAGUAUCCAAUGGUUCUUUAAGACAACAAAUGAAAGAUCAAGAGAAAAAAAUUAAUCUUCGUAAUAAAUUAUUAAAUGAUGCGCUAUUUUCUUGGGGUCUUGAAAACGUUGAUUUAAAUGUAUCAGAAAUAGAGGUAAUGGUUCUUACCAACAGAAUGGCCGAAAAAAUGGAAAAAUUACGGAAUGAAGUAGGACAGAAAAAACUGGAAAGAGAGGAAAAAGAAAAAGAAUUGCAAAAAACAGUAGAUAUUUCACGUAAUAAAUAUUCAAAAAUAGAAUCAGAAAAAAAUCUUAAAGAAAAUGAAGUAAUUGAAAUAAGAGAAGAAAUUAAUAAAAUAAAAAGUGAUAUUGUGCAGGUUCUGGAUACAGCAGCAAAAAAAUUAAAUUCUAUUGAAUCAAAAAUACAUGAAGUACAGAAAAAAAUUCAGCAACUAAAUAAAGAAAUGGAUGUAAAUGUUAUGAAAGAAGAAAUUGUUGCUAAAACUAAGAUUCGAAAUGAAAUGGAAACACUUCUAAAUAAAGUUGAUGAAGAAAUAGCUUCAUUAUUGAAACAAAGUGCAUUACAAGCUGAAUUAGAAUUAAAUAAAUCUACAUUACUUUCUAAAAAACAGGAAAUAGGAAAAUUAAGGGACAAACAUGAGAAAGAAAUAGUUACUUUACUUGAUAUUAAAAAGUUACCUCAAACUAAAUUAAAAACUAAUUUAGAUAUGAUUCAAAAGCAAUUGAUAAAUGAAAUGGAAUCUAUCAAUCAAGAAAUUCAAACAGAAGAACGUCAAAUAACUACGUUGGAAACAACAAUAUCACAUAUAGAAUGUGAAUUCCAAAAUAAACAGAAAGAAAUAAAUUGUGAGUUUAGAGUGAAUAUGGAUAAAGAAAAAAUUUCAUCGAUUUGUCAUUACAAAAAUUUUGAUGAGACAUUAUUAUUACAAUCAAAAAAAGUGAAAGAUCUUCAAGACAAAAGAGGAAUGUAUGCUCAUCAAAGUGCAGCUUAUAAAGAAUAUAUGAAGCAAUUAAGUGAAACAAAUCCUUGCUGUCCUCUAUGUCAUAGAGAUUUUGACAAACGGGAAACUGUUAUAGCUUUAUUAAAAGAAAUGGAAGAUGAAAUGGAAAAUCAUCCAAAUCGUUUGAGAGAAUGUGAAAAAGAAUUAAAAAUACAGCAAGAAAAAUAUGAUAAAAUGUUGCAACUAAAAGCAGUUGUUGAAAAAGUAUUACAGUUAGAAGGCAGUGAAUUAGAGAAAUUAAUGUAA